GCUAGGAAGUCCCAUCAAAAGCCACCAAAACCCACCAAUCUCACACCAUGGUCUUCAAACGAGAGUACUACCACAUCCCUAGGAAGAUGUAGGCCACACUUCCCUGAGAGUUGAGCUGCUCACCCCUCGGUCUAGGACGAAGCUGGAAAUGCCCACAAGGGCUACUGACCCAAGAGUCAGACUCGGAGAGCUCCCUGGCUGGAGGAACCCAUCUCAGGAGUGCCACGGAGGGCUGCUACCUACACAAGGCCUCUGUUUCAGCUGUCACCUUCUCUUCUAGAUGAAGCCAGUGGGUCACAAAGAUGAACUGUUUGAUGCAACGGAGAGAGAGAGGCUGGAAUGUCCGUCUCAGGAGAGCCCCUAUCUGUUCACCUACAGAAAUAGCAACUACCAGGCCAAACAGCUGAAACCCAUAGGAAGGCUUCAGGUGAGAGAAGGCACAGAAUUUAACUGCUUGGACAAAGACCCCUCGAACACAGUACCCACCACAGUUCACAGGCUGAGGCCGGCUGACAUCAAGGUGAUUGGAGCCCUGGGUGACUCUCUCACGGCAGCCAAUGGGGCCGGGUCCAAAACUGGGAAUGUCUUGGAUGUCUUAACUCAGUACCGAGGCCUGUCCUGGAGCAUAGGAGGAGAUGAGAACAUCAGGACGGUGACCACCCUGGCCAACAUCCUCCGGGAAUUCAACCCCUCCUUGAAGGGCUUCUCUGUUGGCACCGGGAGAGAAACCUCGGCCAAUGCAUUCUUCAACCAGGCCGUGGCAGGAGCCAAAGCAGAGGACUUAACUACCCAGGCCCAAAAGCUGGUGAGCCUGAUGAGGGCAGACACGACAAUAGACUUUGAGAAGGACUGGAAGAUAAUCACUGUCUUCAUAGGAGGCAAUGACCUCUGUGCUUCUUGCAAUGACCUGGAUCACUAUUCACCCCAAAACUUCACAGACAACAUCAAGGCGGCCUUGGACAUUCUCCAUGCAGAGGUUCCCCGGGCCUUUGUGAACAUGGUGAAGGUGCUUGAGAUCAUCGGCCUGAGGGACCUCUACAAAGAAACUAAAGUCAGCUGCCCGCGGCUUAUCCUCAGGUCUCUGUGUCCUUGUGUCCUGAAGUUUGAUGAUAACUCAACAGAAUUUGCCGCCCUGGUUGAAAGGAACAGGCAGUAUCAGGAAGGAACUGAACAGCUGAUCGAGAGCGGACGAUACGACACCAGGGAUGAUUUCACUGUGGUUCUCCAGCCAUUCCUUGAAAAUGUGGCCGUGCCAAGGACCCCGGAGGGCCUGCCCGACAACUCCUACUUUGCCCCUGACUGUUUCCACUUUAACGUCAAGACUCACGCCCGCGCAGCUGUUGCCCUCUGGAAGAACAUGCUGGAACCUGUUGGCCAUAAGACGAGACAAGAGAAUUUUGAAAUCAAGCUCCCUAUCAUGUGUCCGAACCAGACCUUGCCGUUUCUGAGCACCUACAAGAACAGCAACCAGGGUUAUGGAACCUGGACGUUGUGCGAGGACAGAGCCCCUUCUGCCUCACCACCAAACUCAGUGCAUGCCCUGAGACCUGCAGACAUCCAAGUGGUGGCAGCUCUGGGAGACUCUCUGACCGCUGGCAAUGGAAUCCGCUCCCAAGAAGAAAACCUCUCGGAUCUCGACACACAGUAUCGAGGACUGUCAUAUAGUGCUGGUGGGGAUGCGUCCCUGGAGAAUGUGACCACCUUGCCCAAUAUCCUUCGGGAGUUUAAUGAAAACCUCACAGGCUAUGCAGUAGGCACCGGUGACGCCAAUUCUGCGAGCGCAUUCCUUAACCAGGCUGUGCCUAGGGCGAAAGCUGAGAACCUUGUGAGCCAAGUCCAGACUCUGGUUGAGAAGAUGAAGAAUGACCACAGAGUGAACUUCCUCCAAGACUGGAAGGUCAUCACAGUCAUGAUUGGGGCCAGUGACUUGUGUGACUUCUGCACGGACACGAAUCGAUACUCCGCAGUCAACUUUUCUGACCAUCUCCGCAAUGCCUUGGACAUCCUGCAUAGGGAGGUACCCAGAGCCCUGGUCAACCUUGUGGACUUCAUGAACCCCAGUGUCAUACGGCAAGUGUUCCUGAAGAAUCCAGACAAGUGCCCAGUACAUCAGGCCAGUGUUCUGUGCAACUGUGUUCUGAGUCCGGGGGAGAAUUCCCAGGAGCUGGGGAGUCUGGAGGCCUUCUCCCAGUCCUACCAGAAUAGCAUGCGGCAGCUGGUUGAGUCAGGCCGCUACGAUACCCGGGAGGACUUCUCGGUGGUGCUGCAGCCUCUUUUCCGCAAUGCCAAGCUCCCCAUCCUCGAGAAUGGGCAACCAGACACAUCCUUCUUUGCCCCAGACUGCAUCCUCCCUAACCAGAAGUUCCACUCCCAGCUCUCGAGAGCCCUCUGGUCCAACAUGCUUGAACCUCUGGGAAAGAAAACAGACACUUUGGACCUGACAGCAUUCAUAGCCAUGGCCUGCCCGUCCCAGGAUGAGCCCUUCCUGAGAACCUUCCGGAACAGUAACUACACGUACCCUUCCGAGCCAGCCAUUGAGAACUGGGGCAGUGACUUCCUGUGCACAACGCAGAGUCCUUCCAGCAGUGUGCCCAGCUCAGUCCAUGAGCUCCGACCAGCAGACAUCAAGGUGGUGGCAGCUCUGGGUGACUCUGUGACAACAGCCUCAGGAGCGCGACCAAGUGAGUCCAGCAGUCUAACCACCUCCUGGAGGGGGCUGUCCUGGAGCAUUGGAGGAGAUGGAACGUUGGAGACCCAUACCACACUGCCUAACAUACUGAAGAAGUUCAACCCUUCCAUCCUUGGAUUCUCCACCGGUACCUUGGAAGAGACAGCAGGAUUAAAUAUGGCCAGAGAAGGGGCCAGAGCUCAGGACAUGCCGGCCCAGGCCCGGGCUCUGGUGGAGAAAAUGAAAGCCACACCUACAAUCAACCUGAAGGAAGACUGGAAGCUGGUUACACUCUUUGUUGGGGGCAAUGACCUGUGUCAUUACUGUGAGAACUCGGAGAACCAGUUAGUCGAUGAGUAUGUCAAGCACAUCCAGCAGGCCUUGAACAUCCUCUAUGAGGAGCUUCCCAGGGUUUUCAUCAAUGUGGUGGAGGUCAUGGAGCUGGCUGGCCUAUACCAGGGCGAAGGUGGGAAGUGUGCCAUGCCGCUGGCGGUUCAGAACUGCAGUUGCUUUGAGCGUAUUCACAAUCCCACAGCAAUGCAGGAGCUGAAGAAAGUGAACUGGAACUUCCAGAGUGGCAUCUCCGGGCUUUCCUACUGGCCCCAGUACAUGCAGCGUGAGGACUUCGCAGUUGUCGUUCAGCCUUUCUUCCGGCAAACCCUCAUCCCACUGACUGAGCAAGGGAACAUGGACCUCACCGUCUUCUCUGAAGACUGUUUCCACUUCUCAGAACGUGGGCAUGCUGAGAUGGCCAUUGCCCUCUGGAACAACAUGCUGGAACCAGUGGGCCGUAAGACAACUUUCAAUAACUUCACACACAGCCGGACCAAACUCAAGUGUCCUUCACCUGAAAGCCCGUUCCUCUACACCCUUCGGAGUGCUCAGCUUCUCCCAGCCCAGCAGGCUGAAGUAUCCUCCAAGGUGCUGACCUGGGCAGUGCCAGUGGCAGCAGUAGGUGGUCUGGUAGUUGGCAUCCUUGGCAUGAUGCUGUGGAGAGCCAUGAGACGCCCCCGUAUGGAGGCUCCUUCCACAAUUUUGAACGCUACCCACCUCUAGGACCCUGCCUGAGUGCGUGGAUCUUCAUCCAGAUUCCAAGCUACUCUCCUCACCAGGCCUUCAGCUGCUACAGCCCUGGACACUGUGGCCAACCUUGCUUCUAUACCUGGUGCCCUCAGAAGCCAAAGGGACUGUCACAACUUCUUGGGAAUUUGGCUGCUCCCAGGUUUCUGGAAGGCCAGAGCCUUUACUGAAAGACUAUUUUAUUCUUAGCUUAGCCUGGUCCUCGCCCUUGCCCUCCAUCUGAUGCUCAUCCAGGGUGGGAGCCAGAGUGUGUUCGGUCCUAUACCAGGCAAGGUUGCCUGGGGAAUAAGACCAGAGUCCAGGCUGGCCCUGACCAGCUUCAUCACAGUAUUAUGACAAGUGGAUCUCGUCAUGCACCAAACCCAUAGUUUCAAAAGAAAUGAAAACACUGAUUACCUGGUGGUGGCUGGAAUCUGGGGUUGAUUGGUCACUGUGCUAUUCCACCCAGCACCUGUUUUGCCACGUGCCCAAGACAAUGAAAGCAUUGUGGUGGCUCCUGAGCUGUGCAUGUCACAGCCUGGCUGGGAAGACAAACUCCUUCCAACAUAGAGGAGGCUCCUUGAUAAUGUAGUUGAUUCCAGGUAGAUGCGUCUGAUUGCCCGGUGAGUUUCCCUCAAAAAGACGAUACCAUUUUGGAAGAAAACUAGAUUGGGAUAUGAAUUAUGUCAUGUCCCCUCAACCUGAUUUUCAAAUGAUUUUCAACACUAAUUUCAGGUAAUUCCUAGUUCUAUAUUAGCUGGUAUCUGAGAGAAAUCUGAAUCAAAUCUGAAAAUCCAGACCACUGGUCUGGGACAAGGCCAGAGCUGCGUGUCUCAAAUGCAUUCUUCCCUUUCAUCCUGCAUAAAACCUCAGGGAGGACACUCUGAAAAUGGUGGUAAUCACUGUGAAGGCACUAAAUGCCAAUGAAUUCUUUUUAAAAGUGAUCGUACGCCAUGCGGAUUUCACCUCAAAGGAACCUAAUAAGAAUCCAGCAGUCCCGUGUCAUCAUUUUGUUAAGCAUCCCUAUAAUCCCUAAGCAUGGGGUGACAAAGCAUGUUAGAACCCCAUAUAUUCAAACCCUGUUCUUGCGCUCAGCUUCUCGGAUUCUACAUCAAUAAAAUUGGAAUGCGAGCUCCCCUCUU